AUGCACGAUUCUUUGUCAUCAAAGGUUAGCGUCAGCCUUGAGAAAUUUGGUGCCGUUAAGAAUGCCCCUCCUUGGUCAAAUGCUACUUCUUUAGGGCUCGAGGAAGGACUUUACCCGCUGACUACAACGAUCGAGGAAGGGACUUUACCCGCUGACUACAGCGAUCGUGGCACUUAA